ACUUUCGCUACUUUCGCGCUGUUAAAGAGGCUCUGCCACAUUCCUGGUGGCUGUUCCAACGAAAGAGAACAGGUGAUCACACCUGCGCGCUCCUUUUCUGCCGGCCGUCGCCAUGGAGGACGUUCACCGGUACCCCGUCUUCUUUGACUGCCCCGGUCUGGACGGAGAGAGGCAGAAGAAAACCGAGAGGUACUUUCACGUAAGGCGCAAGUCCGGAGGUGGAGACUGCGGCUCCAUAACCAACGUCCACGGUGACGUGUACAGCAUCUCCUUCAACAAAAGAGAGGAUCAGGAAAGAGUCCUACAGAAAUCUGUACAUGUGUUGGACUUCGGGGGGGUUCCUCUGGUGCUGACUGUGAGAAGCACCCCGGGACCUUCCACCGACCCUCCCAUCACAAAAUUGGACCCGACAUCGUCACAGCAGACACAGCCGUCCAGUCUCACCUCAAGCCGGCUAACAAGUGACGAAGAAUAUGAACUGCGACUUGAUCCUCACCUGCUACGUUAUCUGACCGAGUGCCCCCCUGCUAUGAAAGAACUAGAAAGGGGACUGGCCUCUGUGGCCUGCUCGGCCCAGCUGUACCCAGAGGAGGACCGGGUUCUAGUUAGCCGGUUAGCUCAAGCUGGUGCUCCAGUCAGUAAUUGGAAAGCCGAGGUAGACAAACUCUUUGAUGGCUACCUGUGCCACUAUGAGGCGGACCCUCACAAGGUUAAAGCUUUACUUCAGCCCGGCACCUCUCGUCAGGCCACAGGUGAGGUGAAGGUGUACAGCGAGGUUGGGAUGGUCGUUGUGGUUGGGGAGCGUUCUCAAGUGAACGCCAGGUUGAUGGACAUCGACUCGCAUGUUAAACAACGGCCAGGUCACAUGAAGCAAAAGAGCACCCGUCGACUGGGUGAGGCCAAGCUCCGCCUCCUCUGGAAAGAGAUUGAGCAAAGAUUGAGACAAGAUUUUCCCGAAGUGAAGGUCACGCAGGGAGCUGCAGGUCAAAUAGUUUUGGAAGGUUCUGUUGAGGAGAUUCUUAAGGCUGGAGAUUGUAUCUCUCAGCACGAGAACCACGUUCUAGAAAGAACUGUUUCUGACAUAAGCCCGCGUCUUUUGGCCUUCCUAAGAAAGGCAUACAGCGGCCCAGGUGUGCAAGGGGACAUUUUAGGGGUUGGUGGCAAUGUGGAAAUAGAAUUACGAGACACAGAGGUACGUUUCUUUGCUGUCUCUGCUGAUAAACUGGAUGACUUGGAAAAAAGAUUCCAAGAAAUGUUCAAGGAAGUCAAGAUUGAUAUCCCUAUCUGCUCCUCUCUACCAGCUGAUCUUUGUGAAAAGCUAAAGACAAUUGAGAUGAACCAGGGUCAACACAGGGCUGAGGUUGUGUUUGGCCCCGACAGCAUGGUGUGUCUACUGGGCCACACCAAAGAAGUUCAAGAGCUGAAUCAAGUUGUCAUCCAGUUUAUUUCGGACGAGUUUAGCAUUGUCGAUUGCCAAGUCAAGCUUCCUUACCCAGAGUUAGUCAAACUCUUACCACAAUUAAUGAAGUUGCAUAAUUUUGAUAUUUCAGGGGUCACAAUCUAUCCUUUAACAUCUUCAUCUCAGCCCACCGUAGUCCUGAAAGGUUCACCCGGAAAGGUGUCUGAGGUCAGUAACAGGCUUGGUCCAUUUCUGCAAACCCUUGUGCAGGAUAGAGUGACCAUUGCUCUACCAGGGGCAGUAAGGUAUUUCGAAAGUGCCUCUGGAAGAGAUGCCAUUAUAAGUGUUGCUGAUUCUCAGAAGUGUCUCAUACAGCUUCAAGAACAACCUCACGCUACAAGACAGAUUUUGGCAUCCGGUGCAGGACUAAGUGAAGUAAACACAACAGUUGCUAGCUACAGCCUUCGUGAUGGGUUCCAGGUGCUGGUGUGUCAGGGUGACAUCACCAAACAGGAAGCUGAUGUCCUGGUGAACGCUGCCAAUGAAGAUCUGGAGCACAUUGGAGGGGUCGCUGCUGCUUUAAGUAAAGCAGGUGGCCCUGAGGUGCAGAAGGAAUGCAGAGCUUUAGUGAAGAAGUGGGGGAAAGUUCCUACAGGUCGUGUAGUAUCCACCACAGGGGGGAACUUAAAUUGCAAAAGUCUGCUGCAUGCUGUUGGGCCUGUGGGAGGAAAAUCAGGUGGCAGAGAGAGGAUCUUACUGGAAACAGUUAUCCAGUUUGCUCUGAAUUCAGCAGAGUCGAUGGGGUCCAGGUCAAUAGCCAUCCCGUGCAUCAGCUCGGGUGUGUUUGGUGUACCUGUCGCACUGUGCUCUGACGCUAUUGUAACUGCUGUUAAGAAGUUUGGCAGUCAAGGAGGGCGAAGCCUGGGUAGAAUCAUUCUGAUUGAUACCAGAGUAGAGGUGGUCAGGGCUAUGCAGGAAGCAUGUGACCGCCAUCUCCAUGGGAUGAGUAGUGGAAGCAAGGUACCCAGAGAUCCGGGGUUUCAAAUGGGAGCCACUGCUGGAGCUCCUGAAGAUGGCGUCCUUGUGGAGAUCGUUCAGGGAUCCUUGGAGACCCAGCAGGUGGAUUGCCUGGUAACCCCUAUGGUUGGCCAUAAUCCCACCUCUUCUCGUGUUGGAUCAAUUUUGUCGCAAAUGGCUGGACCUCAGCUGACUGCAGGGUUUCAUAAGGAAGCAGGAGGGGCAACUUUGCCUGGUGACACGGUCCUGGUGGUGGGCUUGCCUAGCCUUCAAUCUAAAGGAGUGUUCUUCCUCAACCUUCUUCCCUGGGAUAACAAUCCACAUGGAGUUGCCAUCCAGGCGCUGAGACGGGGCAUCAGAAAGGUUUUAACUUCCUGUAACAUCAAAGGCUUCAGUUCAGUUGCCUUCCCUGUCCUUGGGACUGGUGUUGCCCUGCGUUUUCCACACAGCCAGGCAUCCAAGGUUUUACUCGAGGAGGUCCGUACAUUUAAACAGGACCGGGUCGCCAGAACAUUUCUCCUGGUUCGUUUUGUCAUCCACCCCACCGACAAAGAUUCUAGGAAGGCCUUCCAGUCUGCCCAGGAAACCCUGCGUGUCGGAGGAUUCACUCAAGAUGCUGAUAAAGCGGCCUUUUACUGCUGUGUCUCCCAAACCAAUAAUGAGGUCACAGCCAUGCUGGGCGGAGUCAAGCUUCAGAUGGUCCGUGGUGACAUCAUUAAUGAGAGCGUUGAUGCCAUUAUCAACACAACUGACUUCUCCAAGAAAUCUCUUUCUGGUGUGUCUAAGGCCAUCGUGACUGCAGCAGGGCCCGAUGUCCAAGCACAGCUGGCACAAAUGGGCAUUCCACCAGACUGCAUGUGCACCACGGGGCCCGGCCUGCUUGCCUGCAGGGAAAUCAUUCAUGCAAGCUUCAAGUGUGACACUCAAGUUAUCCGGAAGAAAAGCAAAAAGAUACUGAAGCAGUGUGAGAGCAAAGGCUACAGCUCAGUGGCCUUCCCAGCCAUCAAUACUGGUGAGGCUGGUAUGAACUUUGAAGAAGCUUGUAACGCCAUGCUGGAUGGCAUGACCUCAGCUAUCAGCAAAAUGAAACCACAUUCCCUCACACUCAUCCGCAUUGUCAUCCUCCAGCCAUUGGUCUUUCGAGCUUUCAGGUCAGAGCUGGAGAAACGCUUUGGACGAGUUCGACCCCUCGGUCCUAAAGAAAAAGCUAAACAAUUACUUAAGAGGUUGGCAAGAACCCCCAAAACUUCAACACCUCAAGGCCAAACCUUCAUGUCCUCAAAGCCCCCGCCAGCUGUAAUGAGCGUGAUCAGUUGUGGCCGAGAGACCAUCAGCACAGUCCAAAAAAACUUGGAGGGGAUUCUGCAGAAGCAGCUGGUAGUGAGAGAGGUGGAUGUAGAUCAUGUAUCCAGGCUCGAUGGGAUGGAGCUGGAGGCGGUGCAGGCCAAGGUCAAAGUCUCGGGUAUAAGCCUGGAGUGCAGGAGGCGUCUAAUUCCCCCGGGUGAGAACAGCAACCGGGGAGGAAAUGCUGCCAGAGGUGGAGCUGUCGAUCCGUCGGGGUCAGGGGAAGAGGUGUACGUGCUGACGGGCCUCCCAGAGGAGGUGUCGGCCGUCGUUGAACUUGUAAACCGAGCAGCCCAAAAGGCCCUUUACAGAGAACUCCAACAUAAAGAAGAAGCCAUGUACGCUUUGGUCGUGCAGUGGUCGAUUCGGGAGAAAAAUGGAACCUGGCGGGAGCUCAGCCUGCGCGACAACUACCUGCUGGAGGACGCUCACCUGACGCAAAAGGUGUCCGUAGAUGUGACGUCACAGGACGGCGGGGUGUUGAAAGUCAACCUGAGCGCACGAGAAGCCACCAAUUGGCAAACGGGCACCGUGUACGAGGUGAAACGGAUGGAGUCUGAAUCGCCUUUUGAGUUGCCAGCACAAUGGGAGCCGAUGCAUGGAGACGUGUUCAAAAAGGUCACGCUGAACCAAAACUCAGCAGAGUACCAGGCUGUAGCCGGGGACUUCGUCAGAACGGCUCAACGCAACAUCCAAAAAAUCGAGCGGUUGCAGAACUACCACCUGUGGAAUGCCUAUUCUGUGUGUAAGCAGCGCAUAUCUAAAAAGAACGACCCGGCAGACCUCGGGGAGAUGUCUCUCUACCACGGCACCUCGGCAGAGUCGUCUCACUGCAUCGAGAGAAGCGGAUUCAACAGGAGCUACGCAGGAGAUAGGGUCCUGUAUGGGAAGGGAGUUUACUUUGCGGUCAAUGCAGAGUAUUCGGCAUCGAGAUACUGCCCAGCGGACGCGUCGGGUUUGAGGAGGCUCUACGUGGCUCGUGUCCUGACCGGCCGCUACACGCUCGGUGAACCUUCCAUGAAGAAGACCCCUGCUCGAGGGGGCGACCCCACCGACUGCUUCGACAGCCUGGUGGACAACCAGCAGCAGCCCACCAUGUUUGUGAUCUUCCACGAUGACCAGGCCUAUCCGGAGUACCUCAUCACCUUCACAUGAGAGAAAAUGAGGAGAGCCGCGGUUUGACCAUGCGCUGGUUAAUGGUAUAAAGACAAUUUCUGCUGUCAGUUAAUGCUUUCUUUGGUUCCCCCUGGGUAUUAUUGCUCCUGUUAACUGGUGCUUAAUCAUUGCGAUUUGGCAAACUUUGUUCUUGGAAAGUUAUUGUGUAAUCAUAUAUUUUCUGUUGUUGGUUAAUAUAUAAUUGGGACAGAGGUAUUCCUCUUUUUAAUGAUGUAAUACAACUUGUUUGUUCUCUGCGUAUUAUUCAUUGAAUUGCAAUUAUUAUUAUUACAUAAAAUAUAACAGCAGACAUUUUAAUAAUUCAUUAAUUCAAAAACUGAAUGAGCUUAACAUUCUCAACAUUUAACAAGCAGGGUUUAAUCCAUCUGUGCCACAGUAAUAGGUUUAUUACAAGAGGUCAAACAGUAGUUGUACUGCUUGGAUAAAGAGCUGUGGUUCGAGUGAGUGCAAAGUAAAUUGUAACAGAAGAAUCCAAAGAAAAUAUAUUUCAGAAAUUAUUUUCUGCGAAUUGUGAAAGAAUACAGGAGCGUGUUUUUAUAACCACAUCCAUUGUUGAAUCCAUCAUGAAUAAAAGACAUAAUGACUUGAAUAUUAAAAUAUGAUAUAUGUGGUACAUUAUGACAGAAAUUAAUGGUGGUGGAAAAAGUACUGAAAAUUAAGAUCUAUACCAGAAAAAACAAUAUUUCAAUAGUUUUUAUUGAAAUAUAAAACGUUGAAUUAAGUAACAGAUACCAGUCUUAUUGCUUUAAAUGUUCUGUAACAUGCAUCUGUUAAGCUACAAUAAAAAUCACUUAAGUUUGAGCUGACAAACAGAACAUGAA